AUGACUUUCAUGAAUGCAAUGUACAACUUUUUCAAUCGUCAUCGCCGAAAAAUUAUCAUUUCGUCAGCCAUUGCUGGAGGUGUUGUUGUCUUGGUCAAAUAUUCACAAUGGCGAUUGCAAAAAUAUAUUGAAGGCGAAACAACGUUACAAAUGACACGAGCAAGGAUGGAGAAUCAUUUUAACAACAAUCAAAAGACUUGCCAUUUAACAAGUAAAACUAAUAGUAGUAUUCAUACUCUUAUAUCUAUCUUGACAAUUAUAUCAUUACUGCCAAAUCUAAGUGAAGCAAUCGAAAAAGAAAUCAAUUUGGAUGAGUUAACAGAAAAACUGAAAGCAAGACCUCCAAAUCGUCUGCAAAUCUGGGAAAAUUUAAAGACGCUAACAUUUACACAAGUGGUAACCAAGUUAUACAGCGUAUGCAUGCUAACGAUUUUGGUUCGUAUUCAACUAAAUAUUAUUGGUGGUUAUAUGUACCUUGAUAGCACAAAUGAUAAAGAGACAAAAAAUGCAGAUAGCGAUCAAACUUACGCCUCUGCACGAUUACAACAGCGCUAUCUUUCCGUGGUCUAUUAUUUAUUGGGAGAUGGAAUGAAAGAGUUUAUAAAAGUUGUGAAAGAUACCAUAAGUGAUAUUGUUACAAACUUAAGCCUAAAGAAAGAAGUAUCACUUGGCGAUAUUAGUCAAUUGUUUCAAAGAAUAAGGAUGGUUUUACAUGAUAAAUUAUGUCAAGCUAAUCAAGAUUCGAAAAGCUUUUUAACCUCGUUCAUGAUACCUCCUAACGAUGAAAUAAGUGACUCGUUUGAAUCCCUUCAAGAGAAUCAAUUAUUUAGUAAACUGAUGUCAGAAACUAGAGAUAUGAUAGAAAGUCAAGAUUGCAUUAAAGUAAUGAACCAUUGUUUAGAUUUUGGUUUUAAUACUUUUAUGGACAAGGUUGAUGAGGCUGUUAAACAGCAAGUGACUUCGAAGAAUAUUGAAAUUACUUUGGCAGUUGCAAAAUUAUUGCCAGUUGUAACGAGUCAACUUAAAGUCAUGAUGAAAGAAUCAAGUAACACUUCCAAUUCAUUCUUGCAGUUAAUCAGAUUAAUUGUAUGUAAUUAUGCUCAAAAUACCCGUAAAAUGAGCAGAGAAAUUGAUGGAUCACAAAUUAAUUGA